AUGGCGUCUUGGAGAUCCUCCAGCGUGGAGGACGUGGACAUGGCGUAUCCGGACAACCCUUUCUUCACAGAAGAGGCAGCAAGGACUCUGGGCCUUCUCGCCGGCCAAUCGACCGAGCUGGAGCUCGACAAGCUAGACACUUACCUGCCGACCUGGGAAGGCGCCACACAAGAGCCUGACGUCACACGUGCUCCGACGCCCACCACUGCCGCACCCAAUCCUGACCCAAGAUCUCCUGUCGACCUUGUUGAGGCUCGUCACGUCAGCCCGGAACCCUCGUCCCUGUCAGGUUCCCGUCGCCGCAGGUCAUCCAGUACGCUCUCGAACAUUGUCGUCGCCAUACCUUCACCAACUCUGAUCGCAGCUAAGCCUGUCAAUGAUACCAUGUCCGCAUCAUCGACUUCGGCCGCUCAGCGCACCCCGGAGGAGCAAGAUAGGUACUACGCAUGGCUUCGUGAGAAUUCCCUGCAUCGCUUCUCCACGUCCAGUCGGGCUUCGUCAAAGCCUGCAGCCGCAUCGCCUCAGCUCACUUCACAGUUGGCGACUCAGAGCCUUCCUUCUUCGAACGCUCCAGCGCCCGAGCAAUCUCAUCACCCUUUCCUGCACCCGACUUCAGCCAAGCAGAGCGCGGCCCUCUUGACAUCUGAGCCUGGCGCCGUCUCCUCCGCAUCCAAGUCUUCUCCCAGCCAGACCUCCUCGAGCGACACCGACUCGUCCACAGCCUCCAGUCCCCAGCACAAGCAGCGCGACCCGCCGCCGCGCCCUCAGCACAGGAACAAGAAGACAGGAUCAUCGGACAUGAGCACCGACGACUCCACGGCGCCGGCCACCACCUCACCCCCGGAGCAGACGAAGCCCAAGGUGACGCGCCACCCCGUGAGCUACAGCGGCGGGCCGCCCACGAAAGAGGACCGACGUGCCAUGAACUCCCUCCGCUGCAACAAGAUCCCGCUCACGGCCCUCCUCCGCCGCUACGCCACCCUCGUCGUGCACUUCCCCACCACUACCGCCCUCCACACCCUCACCCUCUACGGGCGCUGGGACGACGAGCGCGACGACGAAGUCCUCGCGGCGGAUGCGCUCGCGGUUGACAUCUCGCCGCAGCUGACGACAUUCGGCGUGCUGGAGGCCGAGGUCGAGAUGGUGCGGCGCAAGCGCGCGGGCGUCAACGGCGCGCUGGACCGCGAGAAGUUGGUCAAGGAGGCGCUGGCGGGGGGGUGGGUCGAGGUGCGGGCGAAGGACAGGAGGGAGGGCGUCGACGUGGGGUUUGGGCGGAUGGGGGAGGAGCUGGUGCUGAGGAGGCAGACGGAGGACGGGAAGGGGGAGGUGAGGAUCGAUGUGUUUCGGGAGGUCGAGGAGGAGGUUGGGCUCGAGGUGGGCGGUCGGGGCGGACGUGUGGAUGGGAGCGAGGGUGGGGAUGUUGUGAUGGGGGAUGCUGGGGAUGAUGAGGAGUAUGAGGACUCCUCGAGCGAGGGGAGCAGCGGUUAG